AGCUGGUGAAACGAAACUGAAAGUGUAGCGAAUGCAGUAAGAAGCCGAACUGAAGUGAACUGCAAAGAAGAGAUAAGUUUGCUGACAGGAGUGAUGACUAUUCAGGGAGAGUGACUCUCCAAAACAUGGAUGUGUCAUCUUUUUACAAUGCAAAGGAUCAAUUCAGGAAGCCACAAGCUGUGAGACCAUAGAAAAUGACAAGGAAGAGAAAGCGUGGAGAGAAAGAAAAGGCAGGUGCCCAGAAGAAGGUGACUCAAAAAAGUGAUGAUGGGGCAUCUUCAUCCAGAAAACGUUCACAGAGCCAAACAAAAUGCAAGCAUACUAAUCAACCAAGCCCAGACAGAUCCAGAGGCCAUGGAGAGCACAGCACAGGUACAAUAGAGCCUGAACCUCAGAGUAAAGAUGCUCAGACUCAAACAAGCCUAAGUAGGUCUGAAAACAAGAAGACUCAGACAGAGACUGGCAGGCAAGCAACACAGCAGACACAAACAGAGCUCAAUGAAAACACUGAGAACACAGAAGUGUCACAGCCCAAAGAACUCAGUCCUGAAGAUGUCAAGAUGGAGGUAGAAACUGUCCUGUCAAGGAACAAAGGAAAUGAAAGUGAUGGAGAAAGGGAUGAAGGUGUUGAUAGGAAGAAAAGAAAAGUGAGUGAAACAAGGAAACUUACAAAGGAGACAAAAGAAAGCACCACACUCUCAGAUUGUUGCAGAAAACAAGAUGGAGAUCAGCAGAAAAAUGCAGACACAAAGGAAAAACGUUCAGGAGGGGAUUCACAGAAAGACCAAGUCAAGUCAGGAACAGAAGAAACAAAAUCAUAUCCAGCUGAAUCAACGAUGUUCACCUUCUACAUUUAUGCUGUUCUGGACAAAAGAUUCAGAUUUAACAGAGUGUAUGAUUCCCUGUUGGUUUAUCUGUUUCAACGGGAUCAAAAUAUUAAACUUGAGAUUAAACAUUUUAUGGUCCUAAGCCAGGGUGGCUGUUUGAUUGAAGCAAGAUUUUCAGUUUCUGAAAGCACUGUGAGGGGUUGCACAGUACACUAUGCUUAUGCAGUGUAUCAGAAACAAAUGCAUACCAUGGAAAUAGCAGUGAGAAAUGUUGAGAUUCCUGAAGACAAUACUGUCAAAGAACUUUACCUUUAUGAAGGCUAUAUAAGCUGCUCAAACCCAGGUUGGUGGAGUUUGUUUCAGUCUCAACAAAAAGACAUUUGCAAAGGCUGGGAGACCUCUGCUUGUGUGUUACUGGACAGUGUUUUUCAGAAAUGGCAGCCAUCUAACCUCGAGAGUAACAAGGCAUUUAUACAACAGCUAAAUGAUUACAAAAAUGGUUUUCAGUCACACCGGGUGCAAUUCCCUGAGGGUCUUGUGCCAUCUCCAAUAAAAGUCUCAGAUUUGAUUUCUGCUAAACUGAGUAUGAUUUUGAAAGAAGAUUCAAAAGGAAAAAAAUCAGAGGGCUCAAGUGGGAUCAGAUCAUUGGAAGUGGCCCUCUCAGUGUUCCAGGUGUGCUGUGGCUGUGAUGUGGAUCUCGGCACAAAGGACUGGGCCAAACUCUGCCAAGUAGUCUCUGAAAGCACUGCUUCUUUUGGAGAAAUCCAAACAACCCUAACAGCUAUACCUGUAAUUAACUUCACUGUGAUGGGACUGAUGAAUCUAUGUGCAAAGAAGCUGAUCUCAGAAGUGUUGUUACUCGUUCCUGUCCUUCAUUUUCUGAGAAAGCCAGGGGAAAAGUCAGAUCCAGGCUCAGUUAAGGAUGAGCAGAGUUGGGCAGGGCUUGAAGACAUACAUUACCAAUAUUUUAGGGAAAGAAUUAGAGAUUCCCCUGACAAAAGGAGGAUGGUCCUUCAGCUGAUCAAAGAUCACUCAUCAAUUAACAAAGAUAAUGCUUACUUGUUGAAAAGCUGGCUUUCAAUGGUGGCUUUUGAGGACAUCUCUGAAUUUGCUGAGCUGACAGGAAUUGUUCCUGAACUCCUGAUUCAGAGCAUGAUGUUCAGAAUGAAGGAGAAUGAACAAUUCACGGAUUCCAACCAUACAGACAAAAACCUAAAGGCAACUGAGAAGGUUCUGAACCUCUUGUUGAAGAGUGUUGAGGAGGACAGAGAACGAAUCACAGAGUCCAUGUUAUCUGGCAAAAGCCUUUGGUGUUGCAAACAUUUGCACGAGAAUGUUUGCAGAAUCGCUCGACUUGUCCCACAAUACAGGGUCACAGUGCUUUCAUUCCAACUCCUAUUUAAAAUGGCUGAAAUUCUUCAUGAUCAUUUUUCAAAGGGUGGAGAGGAAAUCAAACAAAAUCAGCUCUUUCUCAUGCUUAAUAAACUUCAAUUGGAUUUCAGUAAAUGGAGAGAUGGACUGCUAUACAAUCCUCUGAUGAAGGAGUCAAAAAUUGCUUACCCUAAAGAAAUACAGUUGUGGAAUGACUUGUAUGGGAUUGAGUGUUCAAUACCAGGCGUCUCUGAAAGCUGGAAGGGUUUAUUAGACCAAGACCUGAGACAGAGACUGUCCCAAAUCUCUGACUCUGACAAGAUAGUUGUAUGCUGUCUGGAGAAGUCAGGAAAGACUAUUGAGAAUAGUCAUGCAAACCUUCAGUCGUGUUUCAAAGAGAUGUGUCAGGCUGCUAUUAAGAACUUGUGUAAGGUAAAUAAGGAAGGAGACCUUUUACGCCUUCUUUUCACAAAGUCCAUUUCAUGGCCUGUUGUGUCCUCCAUUAUUGUGGAGUCAGCAGCUCGCUUUGGAGAAAAUCUUGAUGGUCGUCUACUAGACCCACAGUCAGCAAUCAACUUUCUCUUGUCUCAAGAAAAUUGGAAUAAGUGGAAGUUGGAAGAAGAUGCCAGUCGAUUAAUAGCAGAUUCUCAGCAAUACUUUGGUUUUCUGAUUCAGACCCUUUGUCAGGGAAGUAUAUCCCUUGACCCCCUUAAGACCAUCCUUAAGUCAAAAAGUCAAUUUCAGAUGCUUUACAACCAGUAUAAGAAGAACAACAAAGAAGAGAAAAUCUCAAUCAAUGUGUCAGAGCUACUCAGUCAAAGAGAAGAUGAUUUGAAGGCCUUUGAAAAACAGAAGGAGUUCAUGACCAACCUUAUUAAUAUGCUGGGGAAGAUUACUGAUGUUGUAGAUGUACCAGAGGUUUUUUCCCUUGAAGACAUGGUCAAAACCAACCUGCAGAGGGUAACCCUGGACAAACUGGUGGAAGUGCAGGCGUAUUUCACUAAAGAGGAUCUUGGCAAAAACAAAACAAGACGAGUGUUAUUCUACAAUGUUGAUCCUCAAGUCCUAGACAUGGCACGGGAGAUGCAUGAAGUGAAAACCAGUAACCUUCUUCUAUUUUUAUGGCGAGAAAAGGCAAGGGAAUAUUUUAGGCCUGGCCCUUACCUUUUGUCACUAAGCCUUAGAGAUGUCCAUAACAAAAUCUGGAAGCCUUGUCUCACUGGCUUCUUCAGUCUUGGUCUACGGAUUGCAGUUGGAGACAUUUGUUUUAAAGAGGUUGACCAAGCUUUAGAAUGGUGUGGAGACAGGGGCGAAGGAGAUCGUUUAAAGAAAGAGCUUACUUUGAUGGCCACUAUCCUGAAAAGCCAUCAGGCUCUGGAUGAGAACUGGCCAGAGAAUCGGUUCAUUCAGAUUCAAGAAUACAGACACCUUUACCAUGCUGCAGAAUCGGCUGAGGUCAUUCUGAAAAUCAAAGAUAAAUUCAAAUUACCAGGAGACUUCAGCCAAAUUCAUAGCCUGAUUCAAGUGAGAGAUGACUCCUUCAAACUAAAAAAACUGGGUUCGCUAAGCGAUGACCUCAUCAGAGCCAGGAAAAAACUGGCAGAUGUCAAAUUCCAGCACACAGCCUGUCUGAAGGCUUUCUUGGAAAGUGAUACUCUGAUCAAAUGGGUCAAAACGCAAAUCGAAAGUUUAAAGGACCUGAAAGUCUUUAUGGAAUUGGCCACAAUUUCUGCUGGAGAGAAUGAUGCAGACAUUGAUAGGCUAGCCAGUUUUGAGACUGUUGUGAUGGGCUAUGGCCCUUUGCUUUACUCACUACCAGAAAAUGCAGGAUUUGAAGAGUUUAUUGACUGUGCUAAGCAAGUAUGGGACACCCUUGACAAAGAUAAGAAACUUGUGGACAAAUUGGUAGACUCCAGGCGGUGGUUGGAUUGGCUGAAAGGUUUAAGUGAGACUUAUGGCUCUGUUGAGAAAUCUUCUUUAUCCAUGGCCUCAGAUAUCAACACUGGAGGUGUGUAUCAUGUGGGCUGGCCUGAAGAUUUCGAAGGGAAAACAGGUUUGGACAAUGUCUUUUACGUGAAGGUGACAAAGAAUGAACAAGCAUGCAAUGAGAAGACAUACAAUCUUCAUGAACUCUUAGAGCUACAGAAUAAGCUCAUGCUGAUGUCUUCUAAAGGGGAGCAUGGAAGGGAGCAAGUCAACAAGUUUACUCAAGUUUUUGAAGGAGUCCAGAGGUUGGGCCGCAUCCUUCUUCAGUUGCGCACAUCGGGCAAUAUGCUCUUUCAAAACUGGGGGGCACAGAUAAUAUGCAACCACAAAGACCAACCCUGCAUUCAAGUUAGCUUUACCCUGUUGAGCAAGUGUGUUGCAUAUCAUGGUGUGGUUGAAGAUGAGCUUCAAAAACUGUGUCGCUCUCUGGAGAACUUUCAUAAAGACUGGUGUAACCAUUUAACUAAGAUGCGCUCUCAGUACUAUGCAUUGAAUCAUUACACUUCAGAGCAAAUAGUUUUUCUUUGCGAAUGGAUCAACAACAUUGGCAUCACAAGGAAAACUGUGCCACAACAAAUGUGGCAUCUUUUGACUUCUAUUAAACCAGACUGUACCUUAAAUGACAUACGAGAUGCCUUUGACAAAGCAACAGAGACCGAAUCUAUGGUGCAAGAUGACCUGGAAGAGGAAUCAGAACAAAGCAGUGAUUUUGACAUGCCUUUAGGCUUUGGUUUACUAGAUGUUGGUACUGAAUGUUUAGAGGACCUGUGGCAGCAAUUUAAAGAGAACAUGUCCAGGUUCCUUACCCACCAUGUGGAUGUUGUAACACUUGGACGUUUCCUCACCAAUCUGUCUGCCAUGAAUCAAAUGCACAUCAAACGCAAGGUUCCUCCUGUUCUACAAGAAGGAAGGCCAAACCUUGUCCAAUGCCAUGUCAUGGAAUUGAUUAGCACAACUCUGUCUUUUUACACAGAGAGUCCAGAGCAUCCUCUUCCAACAACUGAUGAGGUAUUUAUGUGCCAGGAGGAAACAACUGAAGAGGAGGUGGAGAUUUUCCUCCGCCGAUGUCUAGGAUCACAAGGAACUGCAAGCAGUCAUCAGAAGAUUUACACUCUGGUCAAUCCUGGUUCACUGACUUAUGAUGUGAGCGUGGCACUGGUGGAAUGCUUUGAGACACUGGAAAGGAGUGCUGGGCCUCAUUACCGUCUAGUGAUGGUCUGUCCUGUAAACCAGGAUAGAUAUGUUCCUUCUUUCUUCAGCAACUAUAAAGUACAAACAGGUCUGAGUAUAUCUACAGAAAGAAUUAAAAACUAUCUUCACCAUCACUUCCACAUCUCGCCUGAGCUUGUUCCAUACUCAGAUGUCUAUCCAGGACAGCUCUCUGUCUGGAUGAUUUCAUCCGAACGUCCAGCUGUUGGAAAGUCACUAUAUGUCAAGCGUCUAUUUGAGCAGUUCAAAAAAGAGUUUCCAGUAGCCAACUGUCUAACAAUCAGACUCAUCGAGCCCUGCGUUGACAUGGAUAGAUUUGUCCAAACCGUGUCUGAAAGACUAGCCCCACUGAGAGAGCAGGACCCUGUGCUGUUGCACAUUGACAUUGCAGCAUUACGUCAUGGCUUGGAGGAAUUUCUAUUCAAAUUGCUUGUUCUCGGAUGUCUAAGUGACAGCAAUGGAACUAUAUGGAGGAGAAAUGCAGCUCACUUGGUGGUGAUUGAGGCACUUCAGCAAGUUCAAAAAAGUCAAAUCCAUAUGGAGAUAACCAAUGGAUUUUUGCAUGCACUUCCUACUAUCUUCUGCAGACCUCCUAAAGAUGUCAAAGCUUUGGAGAUCAAGAGAAAAGAAGGGGGGUACACAUCCUUAGAUCCACUGAUGGAUAAAGAAGAGUUUAAAAGUGAGGCCAUUCAGAGACCCUACCAAUAUUUGAGAAGAUUCAACAGGAAUGUGAACUUGGACAAUUUCACAUAUCAAGCUCAGUCUGUAGAAGGUGAUCCAGUUGACUGUCUCCAACAUCUUUUAUCAAACUACGGGAUGAAAGAUCCUUCAUGGGCAGAAUUAAAGCACUUUACUUGGUUUCUUAACCUGCAGCUUAAAGACUGUGAGAAUUCUUUGUUCUGUGAUCCAAACUUCCUUGCUGGCAAUUUUAGUGGCUUCAAGGACUUCAUAGUAAAAUUCAUGAUUCACAUGGCUCGAGACUUUGCCUCUCCAUCCACUGACAUCUCAGAUGAGAGCCCCACCUUUUUCUCUGAGAAUGAGGAUGAGGAAGAUAUCCUAACUAUUCGAAAACAAUGGGAGAAUGAACCUCACCCAUACAUCUUUUUCAAUGAAGACCAUUGCACCAUGUCUUUCUUAGGAUUCCAUGUGAAAAAAUUUGGGACAAUUCUUAAUGCAGUUGAUCCAAGAAGUGGCAAAGUGUUAAUGGGAAAUGUGAUGACAGAAGAGCUCUUUUCAGACAUUGAGCGACAAAGAAUUAACCUUUCUGAGAAUUUUGAUGACCUGUCCAGAGAAGACAAGAUUCAAAAAAUUUCCUUUGUUGUUGGUGCCAAAAAAGGCUGGGAAAAAGGAAAAUUUGAUCCAGAUCCUACAUAUGAACUCACUACUGACAAUAUCAUGAAGAUGUUGGCUAUUCAUAUGAGAUUCAGAUCUGAGAUUCCAGUGAUCAUCAUGGGAGAAACUGGCUGUGGGAAGACGCGGCUUAUACGAUUUCUCUGUGAUCUGCAACGUGAAGGCAGAGAUGUUGAAAACAUGAAACUAGUCAAAGUUCAUGGAGGUACUACUUCUGAGGUAAUCUAUAGGAAGGUGAGAGAAGCAGAAGCACUUGCUCAGGACAACCGUCAAAAAUAUGAACUUGACACAGUUUUGUUUUUUGAUGAAGCCAACACAACCGAAGCCAUAUUCGCCAUUAAGGAAGUACUAUGUGACCAAGCUGUACAAGGGUACCCUUUGAAGAAAAAUUCUGGUCUGAAAAUAAUUGCUGCCUGCAAUCCUUACAGAAGACACACACCCAGAAUGAUUGAUCGCUUGGAGCGUGCUGGGCUAGGAUACAGAGUGAAAGCUGAAGAAACAGAGGAUCGCCUUGGUAAAGUUCCCAUGAGACAGCUUGUGUACCGUGUACACCCUUUACCUCCAAGCAUGGUACCCCUGGUAUGGGAUUUUGGACAAUUAAGUGAUUCAACUGAGCUCUCUUAUAUAUGUCAAAUUGUACAGAAACAAAUGAUAGCUCAUGGAUUGCCCCGUGCAUACGAGAGUGUGAUCACAAACGUUUUGGCUUCCUCUCAAAUAUACAUGCGCACACAAGCAGAUGAAUGCAGCUUUGUAAGUCUUAGGGAUGUGGAGAGAUCAAUGUGUGUCCUAGUUUGGUUUUACAACCACAGAGUUGAUCUUUUUCCAGGUUGCCACAGUAAUGAAACUGAGCUGAUGGCCUUGAAGUGCUUGGUGCUUGCUAUCGGUGUUUGCUAUUACCCAUCACUUGAAAACAAAGGGACAUACCUAGCGACUAUGAGCGAAUGCUUUCCUUGUCCGUUCAACUCCAAAGAGUUACUGGAGCAGGAGAUAACUUCAUGCCAAGACUUUUUUCUUGAGAAAAUCCAAACAAGAGGUAGAAUAGCCAAAAAUCUGGCUUUGAAAGAAAAUGUCUUUCUAAUGGUGGUAUGCAUUGAGUUGAGAAUUCCACUCUUUCUGGUUGGCAAGCCAGGGAGCUCUAAAUCUCUUGCUAAGACUGUUGUAGCAGAUGCAAUGCAGCGUCAGGCCUCUCACUGUGACUUAUUCAAGAAACUCAAGGAAGUUCAUAUGGUGUCUUUUCAAUGCAGCCCUCACUCAAGCCCUGAAGGAAUCAUUGGAACCUUUCGGAACUGUGCCCGUUUCCAAAAGGACAAAAAUUUUGAAGAGUAUGUGUCAGUAGUUGUUCUAGAUGAAAUAGGACUUGCAGAGGACUCUCCUCAGAUGCCACUAAAGACAUUGCAUCCUCUUCUAGAGGAUGGAUGCAUAGACAGUGAUAACCCACAACCACAUAUGAAGGUUGGAUUUGUUGGAAUCUCAAACUGGGCCCUCGAUCCAGCAAAAAUGAACAGAGGUAUUUUUGUGUCCCGUUGGGACCCAAGUGAGAAGGAUUUAGUAGAGACGGCAGAGGGAAUCUGCUUAUCCUCCCAUAAUAACAUUCUUCUCAAAAUCAAGCACCUCCUGCCAAAGCUGGCAGAGGGCUACCUACAUAUCUGUAAAACUGUUGGUGAACAGUUCUUUGGACUCCGAGAUUAUUAUAGCUUGGUGAAAAUGAUUUUUGCAACAGUCAACAGUUCAGAUCAAGAACCAACUGACAGUGAGUUGGCAGAGGCUGUGUUGAGAAACUUCAGUGGACUGGAUGAUUUUGAUCCUGUUAAAUACUUUCGGGACAUUUUCCGGAACACUGAAGUCCAAAGGCCAAGUACACUGAAAAUGAUUGAACAAAAUCUUGACUGCAACAGUAACAAAGAGUGCAGGUACCUUCUUUUGCUCACAACUAACAAUGCUGCCUUGUACAUUAUCCAACACCACAUUUUCUCCAAGGAGAACUAUACAUGCCCUGAAAUUGUCUUUGGAUCAGGAUUUCCGAAAGACCAGGAGUAUUCCCAGAUAUGUCGCAAUGUGAGUAGAAUAAAGGCAUGCAUGGAGACAGGUCGGACAGUCAUCCUACUGAAUCUACUCAAUUUGUAUGAGAGCCUGUAUGAUGCCUUGAAUCAAUACUAUGUCUGCUUCAGUGGACAGAAUUAUGUUGACUUGGGACUUGGUUCUCAUAGAGUAAAGUGUCGAGUUCACAAAGACUUCAGACUGGUUGUGGUGGAGGACCAGGAAAAAGUCUACAAAAAGUUUCCCGUUCCACUUAAAAACAGACUGGAGAAGCACAAAGUUGAUAGGAGUACGGAUUUGACUCCCUGGCAACACAGAGUUUUGGAAAAACUCAAAAAGUGGGCAGAAGACUUCUCAAAAGUUAAUCUAUCCACUGAAACAAAAUUCAGCAUAUCAGAUGCCUUUGUUGGGUUCCAUGGGGAUGCUUGUGCCAGUGCACUUCUACAGGCUUUAGAGAAAAUAAAAAAAUGGGGCCACGAUAAAACUGCUCAAAACAAUGAACUCCAUUGCAUUCCCAAGUGCGAUAUUGAAAUCAGUGAACCAAGUAAAGAGGAAUCUAAUAUUAAUAUGGCCAAGGAUGCAUACAUGAAGAAAGAGGAAAGUCUGGCCCGUCACAGUGAUGAAGAUGUGACAGAGUCUCAAGAGGAAAUGAACCAAUACCUUGAUGAGGAGGAGAUAGAAAUGGAGGAAGGUGCCUCAAUGGAAGUUGACAACAAUGCACAGGAUGCAGAAGUUUAUGAAGACACUGAGACUCUUGGAGAUACUUCUGAACUUGUGAAAAUGUAUGAUGAAGAUCCUGUUGACACUGAGGCAAGAGACAGCUUGGACUCAAACAAAACCAUGGAUGAGGAAGAGCAAGUUUAUGAAACAGCCAAAAGCCUUCUCUUGAAUUGUGCCUCACCAGACUCUGUACUUAGAUUAAAGUAUUCAGAAUUUGGAAAUCAAGAGAAAGACAAACUUCAGAGAAUGUAUUUUCAUCAACAAAGCCAUCAAUCUCUCAGAGAGCUAUUAGACAACCAUCUGAACAAAAAUGAUCAGGACAAGAACAUAUUCUUGGAGGUAACCACGUUCUCCAAUCUUCUUACUAAAGCUGAUGUGAGAAAUCUUGCCCCAGCCUUGGGCUUAUCCACAGAACAGUUUCUUCUGCUCUCUUUACACCAAUUUGAUACAGAAGCUUCUUUUUGCAGCAAGAUACAGUCCUUCAUGAGGGAAUCUGGACUUUCUCUGCACAUUCUUUUGGUUCAAAUGGACAUGGAAGAAUCUUUGUGCAAAAAUGAACUUAUUGCUUCAGCAAAGUACUGUACCAUGAAUGAAAUGUUGUCCUUAAAGUCAGAUGAGUGCAACUUCUACACUGUGUUUAUCACAAAGCUCACCCGAAUUGGGGAGCAUUGUAGAACAAGUAGCAACAAGUACAUUGGCUUUCAAGGAGGAGUUUGGCUGUCUGCACAUAUUGACGACCUCAGAGACUCCAGUGACAUGACCUUAAAUCUUAAGGCAUUUAGUGGAAUACCUAUAAGUAAACUCAUCUCCCAGAAAGUCCAGUCAGAUGUCAACGAAUCAGAGGAAAUUGAUACAAGCGGACCAGAAAGUGAGAAGGGAGAUUCAGUGCAUCUACACAGUUUGUCUUUAUUGAGAUCCUGCACCCAGAAAGCUGUUUCAUUGCUGAGAGAUGCUGGCAAAAAAACCUCCAGGAGUGUGGAGCGCAUAAACAUAUUGUUUGGGCUUCUGGGAGGGGACCCUAGGCAGAUAAGAGUACGGUUCCAGGAAGUGUUGCUAAGGAGGCUGGUGGUUUCACUGAUGCGGAAGGAGGAACUGAUUCCUAAUGCAGACGACUGGGUUUAUAAAGUGGCAAAGAACCGUGAAGCUCUGCAGGAAGGUGGAACACUUCGGCACACUUUGUGGCGCAACCUACAGGGUGUUUUGACUCCAGUAUUUGCCCAAGUUCUAGAAGUCUUGGACAGGGACUGCAACUUAUACCUACUGUAUGGAGAAGGGCUCAGUGAGGGUCUGGCCCAGUUCUGGCUGGAUAUCUUUGAAGAUCAACAGCUCCUUGACUUAACUGUCUCACAAAACCCAAGUGCUCCAGAUCAGGAGAUUGAUGUGCAGUCUCACCUGUUUAUUGGAGGAGUAGAACAGCCUUGUACUGCUCCUUUUAGCUGGCUGAUAAAAUCAUACUGCCAGAGUUUGUGGGAGGAAUCUGAGUUUGUGCGAGGCUCUGAGCAAGAUCUCAAAGGGAGGAUUCAGCAGUUUGUUAGUGCUGUAUCAGGCAGUGCACUGGGCAGCUAUAUUCAGAAACUGUCAGAGGAAGAGAAAAUUGAGCUGGGUCAGCGCUACUUGACUGAUUAUGUUCUUCUGUCAUUUAAAAUCCAAUCUAAGGAAGAGCAUGGGGUCUUUCAAUGUGCAGUGCUGGGGUGUGUGUUUGCUCUGCAGAUGGAGAUGUCAGUAACUUCUGAGCUCUCUCCAUCGUGGAUCCUUGCAGCAGCUCAAAUCUACAGCCCACGCCUGGACACAUUAUCCCACGCCCUUCAGCUCAACCCUCAGAUGGUCCACAUCAUCCAGCAUGAAAAAUUAAAGAGAGAAAGCCCUGAUAUGUGUGAGGACAUUCUAGCUGUUGGUAUCUGUGUUGAAGAAACAAAGCUCCUACCAGUAACAUCAGUAACUGAAUGCCAGACCUUCUUGCAAAGAGUUGAGCAACUUCAGCCGUGUUUAGAGAGAGUGCUUUGUCCUGCCUACGGCACCCUCUGCAGGCCUGGCUGUCUCAAACACCUGGACACUAUAAAGUUAGUGUGGCAGGGGAUGUUGCUAGUGGCUGCUUUCAUUGAAAAGGUGGUCAUCAGGAUGAAAGUGGGAGAUGACCGGAUAAAAGCACUGACUCUGAAACACUGCAGUCACUUACAUAAACUAAUGGAAGGGUUUCCUGAUUUGAAGAGCAAAGACAAUCUUCAGCAAGUCAUCCGCAUACUUAAUGAUUACCAUGAGGAAUCCAUCUGCAGAGAACUGCGAUAUGGUGUGAGGUGCUCUGUCUGCCUGUCAGAUCUGUCGGAGCCCACUGUGCUUCCUUGUGAGCAUGUAUUUUGUCUGUCCUGUGUGAGGAAAUCUAUAGAGAGGGAAGGAGCAAACUUCUGUCCCAUGUGCAGGGAACCUCUGUCGAACAACUACCGGCCCACUGUCUCUACAGCUAUAGAGUGA